GUUGUAUCUAUGCAUUUUCACAUCAACAAAACAAAUCCUACACCGUCAUCCAUGGCCGACUUCAGUUGAAUUGAAUCAUUCAAGCAAAUCAACGGCAACAGGGAACUGGAAACAAGAUGGUAGAGGAAGAGGAGGAGAGAUGGAAUCGGAAGAAACAAACAUUAAUCGAUGAAAUCUCCGAUAAGAUGAUCAACGGAGACCUCCUCACCAAGAUUCAAGCUGCCAGAGAAAUCAGAAGCAUGAUCCGUAAUCGUAAUUCCUCCGUCAAGCUGCGUGUCAAGUUCGCCGCCGCCGGCGUUAUUCAGCCGCUUGUUCUCCUGCUUUGCUCCGGUCACCACGACGCCCGCGAAGCUUCUCUUCUAGCACUCCUCAAUCUCGCCUCCAGAAACUACCGAAACAAGGAACAAAUUGUGACGUGUGGUGCCAUUCCUCCUCUCGUGAAGCUUCUCAGGUUCCAAAACACCGAUGACCUGAGAGAAUUAGCCACCGCUGCAAUUUUGACGUUAUCAGCGGCACCACCCAAUAAACCGCCAAUAGCCGCCUCAGGAGCUAUCCCACUUCUGGUUCAAAUUCUCAAUUGUGGCAGUGUUCAAGGAAGGGUCGACGCAGUCACUGCCCUUCACAACCUCUCAACCUCGAAAGAACCACCAACGAUCGUUCUUGAUGCUAAAGCCGUCCCUCCUCUCAUCAACCUCCUCAAAGAAUGCAAGAAAUACUCCAAAUUUGCUGACAAAACCACAGCCUUGAUCGAAAUCACCACCAAAUCUCAAGAAGGACGAACGGCGAUCACGAAUGCCGAAGAUGGGAUACUAACGUUAGUAGAAACGAUCGAAGAUGGAUCGCCAGUUAGCACAGAACACGCAGUCGGUGCUCUGCUUGCAUUGUGCCUGAGCUCGAGAAGUAAAUAUCGGGAACUGAUUCUGAAAGAAGGUGCGAUCCCUGGGCUGCUACGGUUAACCGUCGAUGGAACCCAUGAAGCUCAGUUUAAGGCUAGGACACUGCUGGACUUGCUUCGUGAGUCUUCGCUGGAAAAGAGACCGAGUUCGUCGGUUUUGGAGAAAAUGGUUUGUGAAAUAGCGGCACGAGUUGACGGGUCGGAAAAAACCGAAUUGCGGGAUAUGAUUGAAAGAAACAAAAAGGGUUCAUGUGAAGUAAUGUUGUAGGAGCCCUAAAAAUGAGGUGAUUUUAACCAACCUUAACAGGGAUUGUAAAUUGAAACCAAAAUAUUGUAAUUGGAAUUUGAUUUAAAUGCAAAUG